UAGGCUUCUGUAAUUGUUUCUGCCCCAAUCACAACAACCGACCCUCCUCUUUUCCUUCAGUCCCAGCCAAUCCCUUCCCUCUUGUUUGUUUAUGCUGACGACCCACCCAUGUGAUGGUACUCAGCCAACCGGGUGGCUGCUGGGGGAGAUGACAUCACUAACUAGCUGGUUCCCUCCAGCAGCAGGGGAGCUUCAUUUUCUGCUCAGAGUUGCUGUUAAAAUGGAGUCUGGCUCCUCGCCUUAGCCUGGGCUUCCCUCCCCCCCCCUCCCCGGUCUUCUGCCUCAGCGCACUCAUGUUGGCAUGUACUAACCCAGCCAGGGACAUGGUCACGGAUACGCCGGGCUCUAACGGGCCUUUCCAGCCUGUGGCUCUAAUGCAUUUUCGAGACGUUCCCCUUGCAGAGCAGGAGAAGCUGUUCAUCCAGAAGCUGCGCCAGUGCUGCGUCCUCUUUGAUUUUGUCUCAGACCCUCUGAGUGACCUAAAAUGGAAGGAGGUGAAACGAUCCGCCUUGAGCGAGAUGGUGGAGUACAUCACCCACAACAGGAAUGUCAUCACUGAACCCAUCUACCCAGAAGUGGUUCAUAUGUUUGCCGUGAACAUGUUCAGAACGUUGCCGCCAUCUUCUAACCCCACCGGAGCAGAGUUCGACCCAGAGGAGGAUGAGCCCACGCUAGAGGCUGCAUGGCCACACCUACAGCUCGUGUACGAGUUAUUUCUACGAUUCUUGGAAUCACCCGACUUUCAACCUAACACUGCCAAAAAGUAUAUUGACCAGAAGUUUGUAAUGCAGCUCUUAGAACUGUUUGACAGUGAAGACCCCAGAGAGCGAGAUUUUCUUAAAACCACUCUGCAUCGCAUCUACGGCAAGUUCCUGGGCCUGCGAGCGUACAUUAGGAAACAAAUUAAUAACAUAUUUUAUGCGUUCAUUUAUGAGACUGAGCAUCACAAUGGAAUAGCAGAAUUACUGGAAAUUCUUGGCAGCAUAAUCAAUGGGUUUGCGUUACCACUGAAAGAAGAGCACAAAAUUUUCCUGCUGAAAGUCCUGCUGCCUUUACACAAAGUCAAGUCCCUGAGUGUGUAUCACCCACAGCUGGCCUACUGUGUGGUUCAGUUCUUGGAGAAGGAUAGCACCCUCACAGAACCGACUGUUAUGGCUUUGUUAAAGUACUGGCCAAAGACCCACAGUCCAAAGGAGGUGAUGUUCCUCAAUGAGCUGGAGGAGAUCCUGGAUGUGAUUGAGCCUUCAGAGUUCGUCAAAGUGAUGGAGCCUCUUUUCCGACAGCUAGCCAAGUGCGUUUCGAGCCCUCACUUCCAGGUGGCUGAGCGGGCUCUGUACUACUGGAACAACGAGUACAUCAUGAGCCUGAUCAGCGACAAUGCAGCAAAGAUCCUGCCAAUCAUGUUUCCAGCCCUUUACCGCAACUCCAAGACCCACUGGAACAAGACAAUCCACGGCUUGAUCUAUAACGCUCUGAAACUCUUUAUGGAGAUGAAUCAGAAGCUGUUUGAUGAUUGCACCCAACAGUUCAAAGCAGAAAAAAGCAAAGAGAAAAGCAAGUGGAAGGAGAGAGAAGACGCGUGGCUGAAGAUUGAGAAUCUGGCAAAAUCAAACCCACAGUUUCUGACCCACGUUGAUCCUGCAGGAUCAGGUGAUCCGAUGGACAUGGAGACCGACGGGCCGCCGCUAGAAGAUGUCAACAUGCUAAAGAAGACUGUAGAGGAGGGAGCCACACCGAUCACAAAAGAUCACAGACGAGAGCGCCCGCUAAUGAGGAGGAAAUCGGAGCUCCCCAAAGACAUCUGCACCGUCACAGCCUUGGAGCUGCACCGACGAGCCGAGGAAAUGAUAACGACGCACGACGGCCACUAAGGAGAGCACCACCCAGAUCCACUGAAAACCAGCAGCAGCAUCCACACACAGGCCCUCAGACGGCCCCGCACAACCACCGAGCUCCGGUGUGGGAGUACAGCCCCCGCUCUGCCCCGCCUGAUGCUGGAAACAUCUAAAGCUACACAUUAGCAGUGCACAACCCCUCCUCUUGACUGGAGAAGCAGCUGUGGGGCUUAGAUGUUCCUGCACAAGAACAGCAGGCAACUGCCCCCCCC